AUGCGUGUACGGCCCAUUGUGCAGCAGCCAUUACGAAAUGAGCAUGAGUCGGCGGUGACCCUCAUCUCGGCUCAUUUGCUGAUCCCCGGCCGUGGCGAGCCCAUUCCCCGUGGAGGCCUGGCAUUCUGCGGCAGCAAGAUCGCAUGGGUGGGAUCAUUCUCAUCGCGACCCGACAAGUACCGCAACUUGCCGUUCACGACCGUCCCUGUCCUCAUGCCGGGCUUGUGGGAUUGCCACGUACACUUUCUGGGCAUAGACGUCGCCGCAUCGGUAACGUCUGGCAUCGUCGACUUCCUGCCCGGUGCGCCCGCGCUGGCGGGUGCCGUCGUGGCAGACGACCUUCGUCGCACUCUGGCCGCCGGCUACACGUCUGUCCGCGAGCUGGGCGGCUAUGGCGCCGAUGUGUGGCCUGGCAUCGAGUCUGGCGCGCUCGUCGGGCCCAACGUCUAUUCCUCGGUCGGUGCUUUGUCCAUUACCGGCGGCCACGGCGACAUGCAGAUGAUGCCCUUGGGGACGGUGGAAGCCGCCAUGGAGCACGGCAGUGCUCCCCUGGCCGUCUGCGACGGCGUCGACGAGUGCGUCAAGACCGUGCGCAAAAUGAUCCGCAGAGGGGCCCGCGUGAUCAAGGUGUGCUCGAGCGGCGGCGUCCUGAGCCUUCAUGACGACCCGGAAGACUGCCAGUUCUCUGACCAAGAACUGAAAGCCAUUGUCGACGAGGCGGCCCGCAGUCGCCGCGUCGUCGCUUCGCAUGCCAUUGGUAAGGCGGGCAUCAUGGCUGCCCUACGCGCCGGCGUCAAGUCCAUCGAGCAUGGCAUGUACAUCGACGAGGAGACCGCCGACGCCAUGGUUGCCGCAGGCGCAAUCUACGUGCCCACACAGCAUAUCAUCCGCGUCAUCACCACCGACUACCGCCACAAGAUUCCCCUGUCGAGUUUGGAAAAGGCCCUGGCUCUGGUCCAACAGUCCAAGGUGGCUUACAAGAUUGCCCUGCGCAAAGGAGUCAAGUUUGCACUGGGAACCGACGUGGGCAGCAGCGAUCCUCGUUCCAAACUAUCCCACGGCCAUAGUGCCCAUGAGCUGGUCUAUGCCGUCGAGCUGGGCAUGACACCCCGACAGGCCAUAGAGAGUGCCACGGCCAAUGGGCCAGAAACUCUCGGCGGAAUGGCCCCCUUGAGCGGCCAGCUCAGGGAGGGCUACGACGCGGACAUUAUCGCUGUCAGUGCAAAUCCGCUCGAUGACGUCUCCGUCUUGACGAAUCCCAGCAAUGUCACACACGUGUGGAAGGGUGGGAAGCUCUUCAAGCAGCCAUCGAGCUGA